AUGAGUCGUCUACUCAUCUCUGCUACUAGAACAUUUCAAUGUUCUUUCUCUCGACAACAUCUUCUCUUACGUAGUUCUCGACUUGUAUCAACUCAAAUUAAUACUGAUAUUCAUCAAAUUAAAAGACAAGAUUUAAAAGGUGAUUAUCCAUCAUCGUCUCGUCCCGGACGUCAAUAUCGUUAUUAUCUUUUAUCAAUUGCUGCUGGAGCAUUAAUUGGCACAGCUUAUACACUUCGUCAAUCGAAAAAAUACGAAGGUCUUAUGCCUGAAUACCUAUCAAAUACUGAAUUACUUGAACGUCAAGCAAUGGAAGCCCGACCAUUGCCGCCACCAGUUACGAAACAUGUUACGUUCAGUAAGCCACCAAGAGAAGAUUUUCCAUUUAAAAUAACACUCUAUCAAUAUGUGACAUGUCCGUUCUGUUGUAAAGUCCGUGCAUAUUUGAAUUAUAAUCGUAUACCAUAUGAUAUUGUUGAAGUCAAUAGUGUGAUGCGUUCAGAAACUAAAUGGUCGACAUAUAAAAAAGUACCGAUUGUUGUUAUUGAAAAUGAGCAAAUUCAAUUGAAUGAUUCAAGUGUGAUUAUAUCAGCUAUCGAAUCAUAUUCACGUAUGCCAACAAAAGCAUUUAAAAACGUAUCAAAAUUAUAUCAAUCAAUUAUUGAAAAAGAUGACAAGGGAAAACUAUCAUUUAGUUAUCCAAAUAAAUAUUUUCUUGUUGAACCAUUACUAGAUGACCAAUUAGAUCCAACCAAACAAGUACAAACAGAAAAAACAAAAAAUGAUGCGAUAGACAAUAAAGUGAAACAGACACAGAAUAACGAACCUUCAAAAUCAUUUUUCGCUAAAUUUUUUUCAAAAUCAAAAUCUGAAAAUGAACAAACUUCAACAAGUAAUAGUCUAGAAAAUGAAACUACAACAAAAGUUUCAUAUGUUAAAUCAAGUGAUCAGUAUAAAUUAGAACGCCAAUGGCGUGAGUGGGUUGAUACAAAAUUUGUUCACACAUUAUCACCAAAUAUUUAUUGUACUUUUAAACAAUCACUCAACACAUUUUUAUGGUUUUCAAAAGCCGGAGAUUGGGAACAGAUUUUCCCAUGGUAUCAACGUUGGAUUAUUGUUUAUAUUGGUGCUAUUGUUAUGCGAGUCGUAGCUGGACGACUAAAAAGCAAAUACAAUUUAAAUGAUAAUGUUAGACUUUCUUUAUAUGAAUAUGCAAAUGAAUGGGUUAAAGCAGUUGGAAAUAAAGAUUUUCUUGGUGGAUCUGAACCAAAUCUUGCUGAUUUAAAUGUUUACGGAGUUUUAACAGCAAUUCAAGGUUGUGAAGCAUUUCAAGAUCUUAUGUCUAAUACAAAAAUUCAACCAUGGUUUGAACGUAUGAAGCAUUUAGUGGAAUCUGGAUCUGUUGAUAAUGUUGUUACAGCCUAA